AUGGCAGGUCCUAUGUUGAACCUUACAGUCUUUACAAAAUCAAGCUACCACGCCCUUCGUGCCAUCUCGCUCGCCACCUUCCCACCCGGCUUCCUCAUUCUGCUCCUCCAGGGCAUCUUCUCCAAAUGCGUCAAUCCCGCCAUCGGUAUCGUUCCCUUAUUCUUCUCUUCGGCUUACUCCGCCUUACUACUUGCGAAUGAGAAGAAGUGCGGAUGCCAAGCUAGUGGAUUAACUGGAACACCGAUCCAUUUGGUUUUUGACCUGCUACUUGGCGUCGGGCUGCUAGUGUGCCUGAUCUUAGAUUGGAUAUUCAUUCCGGACGGGUGGGCUGACAGGAGCCUAGUUAUGCUAGGCACGUAUGGGACUAAUUUUCUCAUCUGCAAUUUUUUGAUACACCUUUACUUCGUUUUGACGCAGAUCCUCGAAGCGCUCCAGCCUGGUACCUAUUAUCCGACUUCAUGCCCGCAGUGUCAGGGUAGAUCUUUUUCGGUUGGAAAGUACAAACUCAACGCGGAUUUAUUAAGUGGUUAUGCACCUCUGCUGGAUGGAGAGGGUAGGCCCAAUAACAGUGCAGGAGAAGCGGUAGUGGAUGAGGGCGAGUCUGCAGUGUGA